AUGGAGUUGUCUCUCCGGGGACCAGCAACGUCGAUGGCGACGGCCGGAUUGAAGUUCAUCACGUUUCUUCUAAUUAUGUUGCCAUUUCUGUAUGAUUUCAGAUCCGCUGCUCAACUUUUGCCGGAUGAAGAAGUUGAAGCUCUUGAGGCGAUAUCCUCAAGGCUACAGUAUAACAAUUGGCGGGUUGCUAGAAAUUCAUGCAGCGGAGGUGGAGGGCUUAAUGUAACAGUUUCUCUGAACGGCGAAGGGCUUAUUAGGUUUGGCAGCAAUGUAACCUGCAACUGUAACAGCACCAUUUGCCACGUUACACACAUCCAGUUAAAGGGACUUAACUUGACAGGAGUUCUACCUGAAGAAUUUGCAAAUCUCACUUUUCUGCAAGAAAUUGAUCUGUCUCGCAACUAUAUCAAUGGAACUAUCCCAGCACGUUUUGGUCAGCUUCCCCUUACCAUAUUGAGUCUUUUGGGAAACCGCCUCAGUGGUUCUAUACCUAGAGAAAUAGGUGAUAUCUCUACACUUGAGGAUCUGGUCUUGGAAGAUAAUUUGCUUGAAGGACCGCUUCCUCAGAACCUUGGGCGUUUGACUCGCUUAAGAAGACUCCUUCUUUCUGCCAAUAAUUUUACAGGAACCAUUCCAGAAUCAUUUGGCAAUCUGACUAAUCUAGAAGAUUUUAGGAUAGAUGGGAGUACAUUAUCUGGGAGAAUACCUAGCUUCAUUGGAAACUGGAUAAGACUUGGGAGACUUGACAUGCAAGGAACGUCAAUGGAGGGGCCUAUUCCUUCUACAAUAUCUUUGUUGACAAAUUUAACUGAAUUGAGGAUAACUGAUUUGAAUGGAUUAAGUGCGAGCUUUCCUGAUCUGCGGAAUAUGUCACGCAUGAUUAGACUGCACCUGAGAAAUUGCUUGCUUACUGGUCCAAUACCGGAAUACAUAGGGCAGAUGAAUGAUAUGAAAAACUUAGACCUGAGUUUCAACAGGUUGACUGGUCAAAUACCUGAUUCAAUUGCGAGGCUGCGUUACGACACCUUGUUUCUUAAUAACAACUCGCUAACUGGAGAUGUUCCUGGAUGGGCAUUUAAUGACAAUAGAAAGAUUGACUUAUCCUACAACAAUUUUACAAGGUCACAACAAUGGAAUUGUCAGCCAUCUAGCUUGAAUUUAAUUUCUUCCGUUCCAUCUUCACCAGCAACCAAUAGAGAUUCUUGGUGUUUGAGAGAGGGGCUCACUUGCAGCAGCAACCCCAGCCGUUAUUCUUUAUUUAUUAAUUGUGGUGGAAGCAAUGUAAACUUUGAUGGAAAUGAAUAUCAAGAAGACUUGACCAGUGAGCAGUCCUAUUUUUUUCCUUCUGAUGGAUGGGCUUAUAGCAGCAAUGGUGUUUACGUGGGUAAUGAUAAUGCUCCAUUUGUCACAACCACAACCAACGUGACAGGUGGAGACGUAUAUAGAACGGCCCGCCUUUCGCCUACUUCCCUCAGAUACUAUGGACGGUGUUUGAGAAGUGGUAGCUACAAAGUGCGGCUCCAUUUUGCUGAAAUAAUGUACUCCGAUGAUCUGACAUUUAGCAAUCUAGGAAGGCGCUUUUUUGAUGUAUCAAUCCAAGGGGAUCUGAAAUUGAAAGACUUCAAUAUCAUGGAUGAAGCUAAUGGUCCCGGCAUAGGCAUGUACAGAGAUUUUGAUGAUAUUAUUGUUAACGGUAGCACGCUAGAUAUUCAUUUGUAUUGGGCAGGGAAGGGGACUACUGCAAUUCCAGAUCGCGGUGUAUAUGGACCUCUUAUUUCAGCUAUCACAAUAACACCAAACUUUGAUGUAUCAACAGGCCUCUCUGCUGCAGCUAUAGCUGGAAUAGUGACUGGUUCUUGUGCAUUUGUUUUGUUGAUUCUAGCUGUUCUUUGGAGAAAAGGUUAUCUGGGAGGGAACAAAGAAGACAAAGAACUUCGAGCUCUUGAAUUACAGACGGGUUAUUUUAGUCUGCGACAAAUAAAAGCUGCUACGCAUAACUUUGACUCGGCAAAUAAGAUUGGUGAAGGAGGCUUUGGACCCGUUUACAAGGGCGUACUCUCAGAUGGUUCUGAAAUCGCCGUUAAGCAACUCUCCUCAAAAUCAAAGCAAGGGAACCGUGAAUUUGUCACCGAGAUAGGCAUGAUAUCAGCUUUGCAACAUCCAAACCUCGUUAAGCUCUUUGGCUGUUGUAUAGAAGGAAACCAGUUGUUACUGAUAUACGAGUACCUCGAAAACAAUAGCCUUGCACGCGCUCUUUUUGGCCGAGAUGACCAGCGCCUUAAUCUAGACUGGACGACAAGAAAAAAGAUAUGUUUAGGAGUAGCCCAGGGAUUAGCUUAUCUCCAUGAGGAAUCAAGGUUGAAAAUCGUUCAUAGAGACAUAAAGGCGACCAAUGUGCUUCUCGAUAAGGAACUUAAUGCGAAAAUAUCGGAUUUUGGUCUUGCUAAGCUUGAUGAAGAAGAGAACACCCAUAUCAGCACACGGAUCGCAGGAACAAUCGGGUAUAUGGCUCCCGAAUAUGCAAUGAGAGGAUACUUGACGGAUAAAGCAGAUGUUUACAGCUUCGGAGUUGUUGCAUUAGAGAUUGUGAGCGGGAAAAGCAAUACGAAUUACCGUCCGAAGGAGGAGUUUGUCUACCUUCUUGAUUGGGCCUACGUGCUACAAGAACAAGGGAAUCUACUCGAACUAGUGGACCCGGUACUCGGUUCCAACUACCCGAAAGAAGAGGUGAUGAGGAUGCUGAACAUAGCUCUACUAUGCACCAACCCAUCCCCGACCCUUAGGCCUGCCAUGUCCGCGGUAGUCAGUAUGCUGAACGGAAAAAUUCCAGUUCAGCCACCGCUGGUGAAACGGAACGGAAUGGAUGGCGCCGACAUGAGGUUUAGAGCCUUCGAAUUGCUAUCACAAGACAGUCAAACCCAAACCUCGUUCAUGUCGGAGAGCACUCAACGACCGAAGAGCAUGUCGAUGGAAGAUCCGUUGAUGGAUUCCUCCGUCUAAAACAUCAUUCUUUCUAAUCUUUAUGAUGAAUUUGUUGUUGUGAAUUAUAUACAAAAUAUGUACGUAAAGUUUAAGGUAUGAGGUUUAAUCUGUAGACAGAUUGUUUAAUAGGUUGUAAAAGUUUUGUUUAUGACUUCUCAGAUUUUCGGGAAAAUGUGUACAAAAGAUUGCAAAUUUAUUCAUAGGCUACCAUUUUUUAUAAUGUA